AUAGUUGUGUGUGUAUUCUUUAAUUCCUGUUGGACAUUUGAAAUGAUUCUCGUCUUUCUUUUUGUGUCCACUGUUCUCUCUUGUUUACCUCUCAUUUGCACUGCUACAGAUGAUGACACUUCUAUGCAUAGCUUCCCAAUUUCAGGAACACUUCUCGAGUACCCUUUUAACAACGCGAGUGAUGCACAACGUGGGUUGAUCCAGGUCGACUGUAGUUUGAAUCAUGAGGAUAUUCAACUUGGACGACACCCUUAUCAGAUUGCCGGAAAGCAUGGGAAUCAUUCUUUCUUCUUGAUUCCUAACAGAAGAUUUGAAGAACUUUUAGAAAAGAAUAGUUCUGAUGCACUUUACUUUAGUUUCACUUCCCCAACUCCUCUUUUAUUUUCCAUUUCAAUACGGUCGUUUAUGACUCUCUUCAAAUGCACAAAGGAUCCCAAGGAUGCUGAACAAAUAGAUGCCUAUUUCAUCAAACAUGGUUAUAAUAGCCACAAAAGUUGCAAAGAUCACAAGUUCUACUAUAAUCAUCAUCUCGUGAGCAAUUCAACAGUUCCAAGUCAUCUCCCACCUACAUGUGAAGUAAUACGGUUGCCAGUGAAGGAGCAAUGUGCAGAAGGCAAUGAAACCGACAUAUUUUCUCUUCUCGCCCAUGAAUUCUCUAUUUUCUUUAAUUUGUCAUCUUCAUGCCAGGAGUGUUGCAAAAAUAAAGGCCAGUGUCAAACUAACAAUGGACAGUUAGAGUGCUUAUACAAGGGAAUCUGUAUCUGAAGAUGUUGAAUUUUUCUUGCUCCAGUUGCUGCUGGAUCUGCCCUCAUCCUCAUGCUGUUGUCUUGUGCUAUCUUUGUAAUCUGGCGUAACCGUAAAAGCAGCCCUUUUUCGUAUGUUUCAUCGAAGGAAAAAUCUCCAGACUUCGAAGAUGGGAGUGACUUCUUUGGUGUCUCUGUGUUUUCCUACGACGAGCUUAAACACGCCACCCAAAAUUUCGACCCUUCUAGACUACUAGGCGAUGGAGGUUUUGGAGCUGUCUACUAUGGUAAACUGCAAGAUGGGCGAGAAGUUGCAGUGAAACGACUUUAUAGGCACAACUACAAGCGAGUCCAACAAUUCAUAAAUGAGGUCGAAAUCCUUGCCAAACUACGGCACCCACACCUUGUUUUGCUCUAUGGUUGCACCUCUAAACGAAGCCAGGAACUUCUCCUCGUUUACGAGUACAUUCGCAAUGGCACCCUUGCCGACCACCUCCACGGUUCCAGAGCAAAUCCAAGCUUGCUAACUUGGCCGAUGCGGAUGAACAUUGCUAUAGAAACCGCCAGUGCACUAGCCUACCUUCAUGCCACCGAAAUCAUACACCGAGAUGUAAAGACCAAUAACAUUCUCCUCGAUCACAAUUUCUGCGUCAAAGUAGCCGAUUUCGGGCUCUCGAGGCUCCUACCGAAUGACGUCAGCCACGUGUCGACCACUCCUCAGGGAACCCCGGGAUACGUCGACCCGCAAUAUCACCAGCGGUACCAACUAACAGAUAAGAGUGAUGUCUACAGCUUUGGAGUUGUGUUGGUUGAACUAAUAUCGUCAAUGGUGGCUAUCGAUUUGAGUAGACCUUCAGACGAGAUUAGUUUAGCGAAUCUAGCUAUAAACCGGAUCCAAGGAUGUGUGGUCGAUCAGUUGAUCGACCCAGUUCUGGGAUCCGAUUCAGAUCCUGAAAUCAUGAGGAUGAUCACAUUGGUAGCAGAGUUGGCGUUUCUGUGUUUACAGUAUGAUUCGGAAUUGAGGCCUACGAUGACCGAGGUGUUGGAUGUGUUGAAGGAUAUUCGGGGUGCAGGAAGAAGGGAUGGUUACGAUGGCAUCAUAGAGUCGAAAGACUCGGAACCUCUAGGUUCAUCGAAAACCACCAAUGACACGGUGGGUUUGUUAAAAGGACCAUCACUGUCGCCGGUAUCUGUCGUCGGUGAAUGGCAGAGUGGAUCAACUACACCAAGCAGCAAUGGAGAUGUAUUGCCAAACAAGAAUCAUAUCAGUACAUAAAACGAUCAUGCAGAUUCAUAUGUUCAGAAAUGAGUCAUUAAU